AUGAAGUCUUGCGGGGUGUGGCGGCUCAAGUAUUUGCGUGCGUCGCGGGUGGCCUACGGCGGCUCGGUGGCCGCGCUGUUGCGCGACUAUCUGCAGCAGGGGGCGGAGACGCACGCCGCCAAUCUGCCGGCGUCGCAGAAGUACUUCUACACGCAGCGGGGGCAGCGUGACGCGCCGAUCUCGCAGAGGCACCAGAUGGCUCAGCUGCGGCUCGGCUCCGCGCAGGUGUUGACCUCGACGGCGGGGAACAUCGCCAAUCACAACGAGGCGCACCCGCUUUACUACUCCCAGACCUCCCCGCGGGCGGCUGGGCUCUGCGUGUCUCUCGUCGUCGCGCUGAAUAAACUGCGAAUUCGUCGCCUUACGGAGCUUCAGGGCGCGUUGAUUCCGACGCUGCUGCGGGGCAAGCACGUCAUUGCGCACGCCGAAACGGGAACCGGCAAGAGCUUUGGCAUGGCGCUCGCCUGCGCCAAUCGAAUCAUACGGCAGAAGAUUAACUACCGUCUCCACACGGUCAUCAUUGUUCCGACGGAGGAGCUGGCGUUGCAGUACGAAAAGUGGCUGCGUCACUUUGGCGGUGCCACGUCGCAGGUGGUGCAGGUGGCAAUCGAGCGGGUUCCGAUGGAAACGCAGCUGGCGAGGCUGCACAACAUCCAGCCACACGUGCUGGUGGGAACGCCGCAGCGUAUUGCCGACAUCCUGCGACUCAGUCCCACGAUCCUGGGCGAGAAGCUGCGCCGCAAGGUGGACUGCGUCAUUCUUGACGAGGCCGAUAUCAUCUUGGCCGCCGAGGUGCGCUUUGGGCGUCAGACAAUAAGUGGGAUCAGCUUGGUGGAUCGUCUGUUCCGCAGUCGCCCAGAGGAGGUGCCGGCGCAGUUGAUUGCGGCAAGCGCUACCGUUGACGGCCGCACGGCGCAGGCCCUCAACACUUGGAUGCGCAACGACAAGGCGAUACGUCUGACGACGAGUUUUGUGGAGCACACAAUCCCGCAGACAAUUAGCUUCUACUUCUUUGCUGCCUCGCCGCGACACCCACUCCCCAGCUGUUUGGAGCUAAUCCUCCGGCUUAUAUGCAAGCAAGAAAAACAUCCGCGUGUUCUUGUCUUUACAUCACUUGAAGCAGUGGAGAAGGUGGUUAAUUUCUUGAGCACACUCCAGCAGCACUGCCGCGAAUUGCGUGAAUGGUUGCAAAAGGACUCUAACAGAAUCCUUGCGGCACCUUUGCAGUCGCUGGGGAACACAACAGGGGGCCAAUGCGGGCCUAUUGUGACUGGGUUGCGCGACGUGUAUGUGAAGGAUGAUAGCUCGCUGGAGAAGCUGAACACCGGUAAGUUGUUGGUGGGUGUAGGGAGCCACGAACUGAGCCGCGGAAUUCAUGUCAGUGGCAUCACGCACGUCAUCUUGUACGGUGAGUGCCCAGCUGCAGCGGCUUUCGUGCACUGUGCGGGGCGGACUGGUCGAAUGGGGGCAGAAGGUCACGUUGUAGUGCUGUAUCCGCCGUCCUCGGGCCGUACUGUGCAGCAGGUGUGCCACGCGGCGGAACUGCCGUUUGUGCCCGGGCGGAUUGAGCAGGUGGAGGAUCUGCUGGGCACCGCGGAUUUCGCCUCCGCGGAGGCCCUGGAGGAGUUACAGAAAGCGAAUUCGCAGAAGCAGGCAGAUGAAGCCGAGGAAUACUUUGUCGCCAUGGGCCUUUCAAAUGCGUGA